AUGGCUAUUCUCUACUGGACCGUCGGAUUCCUUUAUCUCAUCAUGGAUCUCACAAAAAAACCAAGUUUCCUACAAAAAUACAAGAUGAAUCGAAACGAAGUUCCCAUUACAUGGCCAUUGCUAAAAGAAAUGAUAGUAACGAUAGUUUUCAAUCAAAUUUUCGUUGGAAUCGCAGUUUCUACAAUUCUGUAUCCAAUUCUUCCGCUUCGUGGAUUACCUCCAAUUCGAAAAAUGCCAACAAUUCCCGAAUUUUUCUUCGAAAUCUAUGGAUGUUGGUUCGUGAGAGAAUACAUCUUUUUUCACAUGCAUCGCUUAAUUCACAAGAGAUCGCUAUACAAACACGUGCACAAGAAACAUCACGGAUGGACAGCUCCGAUCGCAUUAUCAGCGGAAUACUGUACGCCAGCGGAACACGCGCUAUGUAAUCUUUUACCGGCGAUGGCAGGGCCAGCGUUUUUUGCUCCUCAUUACUUUUCGACUUUUAUGUGGUAUGUUCAUGUAAUGCUCUCGACGCUACAGAAGCAUUCGGGAUAUAAUAUUCCGUGGUAUUAUGACUCGAUGCGACAUGAAAUGCAUCAUGAGAAUUUCAGAACGAAUUACGGAUUAAUUGGGAUUAUGGAUUGGUGGUAUGGUACAAGUGAUCCAAAAACGAGACCAAAUAGAUAUGAUGAUGAGUGA